AUGGAUCAUGAUAAUAAAUUUACAAGUAAUAAUUCCUCUGAAUUAUAUGUAGACAAAAAUAAAAUUAUUGAACAAAAUAAUAUAGCUGAAAAUAAUAACACAAGUAAUCAUGGGAUAGUAUAUAAAUGUCAUAAUUUAUUAAUUGAAAAUAAUUCAGAUAAUUAUCACAAAAAUUAUAAAACAUAUUUAUACAAUCAAAAUUUUAAAGAAAUUGAGCUUAAUAAUCAUAGCACUGAAAACAAUGAUAAGUGUGUCCAAAAUAGGGAUGAUAUAAGAUAUAAUAAUAAAAAAUUGAACAAGCCUAAUUGUAUCACAAAAACUUAUAUACUUAAUAAUCUCAAUGAUGUAAUAAAUGGUAAGAAAAAUUGUCAAACUUCUAUUUUUAAGGAGGAAAUUAAAAAGGAAAAAAUGGAAAAUAAUUUUAGUUACAAUAACCAAGAAAAUAAUUAUGAAAAUACGAAUAUAUCCUUAUAUAAUUUAGACAAUAAAGGAGUAAAUGCGCGUUCGAAUGAAGCGAGUUUGACUACUUUAUGUAGUACUGAAUAUAUUGGAAAUAAAAAUAUCGAACAAAAUUAUAUUUCUUCCAGUGAUAAUAAACAAAAUUUAAAUAGUAGUGAUAAUAUAAAUAUGCUAAACAGUACUAAUAACGAUUUAAAUUGCUUAUAUUCUUAUGAAAGUACAUUAAAAGAUUAUGAAAAAGAUUAUGGGCCUAAUACUGAUAUCGAAAGCGAAGAAGAUAUACUAGUACAGUUACACAUAGAUAUGGAAAAAAAAGAAAGACAUAAAAAUAUAAAGAAAAAAUAUUGGGAAAACAAUCAAAGUGAUAUUAUAGACGAUAAAAUAAAUAAUAUAUAUAGCGAUAGUAGAAAUAAUACAAAUACAACUAAUAAAAAUUAUGCUCAUUCACAAAAUAAACAAAUGGAAUAUACAUGUGAAGCUUAUGCAGAAAAUAAUAUGAACCUAAAAUAUGAAAAGGAAGGCGACGAAGGGAAUAUCCAUAGUGAGCAAAAUAAUAGUACAAACAUACAAGCAUUGGGAUUUCACAAAGAUGAUAAAAAUAUGUUUUUUCACUUUUUUAAUGACUAUAAUAAAGAUUGUACAAAUGAUAGUAAGAGAAAGAAAUAUGCAUAUAUGAAAGAGUUUGUGCAAAAUCAAAUUAAUUUUUACGAUUUUUUAUUAGAGAUCCAUAAAAAUGUACCAUUAUGGGGAGAAUAUGAAUCAAAUUUUUUUUUUCAUUGGAAAAAGAUAAUGGAAAUACGUAUUGAAGAGUUAAAAAUAUAUAAAUUAAUAUUUAGACCAUUAUAUGUUGAAUCUGUUAAAUUUUUACAUUUUCAUAUCUUAAAAAUAAUUAUUGAUGAACUUGAUGAACUAAGAAAAGUGCAUGAACCACAAUAUAAAAAAUUUAUAUUUUCAGAAAGUUAUAUAAAAAAUUAUGAAUCAAACUUUUAUAAAACAUCAAAUAUUAAUCCGAGUAUGAAUGAAUAUAUACAACCACAUCAUAUGAAGAACAUUGAAAAAUCUAUGGAUGUUAAAAAAUUUAUUAAAUCAUUAGACAUAUUACAAAACUCAAAACAACAACCAUAUAUAGUUCAGGCUAUCGAAAUUCCUUCACAUAUUUUUAAUAUGUAUCAGAACAAUCUUAAAGAUGAAAUCAAUUUUUCUUUUUUUAAUUCUGAACAUGAAAAUAACAUAACUAUAGAGGAAAUUAAUAUGCCUGAUAAAAAACAAUAUUUUCAAAAAAAUACAGAGUUAAAGAAAAAAACAGAACAAUCUGAUGGAUUAUUUAAAAUCAAAUCAGAACAUUUCGAUAAUCAACAAAUUGAGGAUAAUCCAGAACUUAGUAUCAAUUUUUAUACCAACACCAAACUUGUACGAGGUGAAGAAAAUGAAAUCAAAUUUACCCCCCAAAAUACCAAAAAGGUGUCUUCAAAGAAAAAGGAAAAUUAUAAAAUAAAAAAAUUAAAUGCUUCCAUAAAUCCAAAACCAAAGAAAAGAACAGGAUACUAUGAUCUUGAGAUUGAUGGUGUUGUUGCAUCAUUUGAAGCUAGAAAAGGGGUUUAUUAUGACAAAUCAAGGAAGCUAUGGAGAGCUAAUUGGAAGGAAAAUGGAAAAAUACAAACAAAGGGUUUCUCUGUAAAUGAGUAUAAAUCCGUUCAACUAGCUAGACAAAAAGCAAUUGAAUGGAGGGAAAUGAAAGAAGUUCAACUUUUAUUAUGA